AUGGAUCCCUCUACAUACACAGAUCCCCAGCUCACCUACCAAGAUCGGCUGGUGAUCAACGCUAUCGUUGAGCCUCAGCCCAGUUCAAAUGGUAUUGCUCCUGCAUUGUCGAUCAAAUACGAAGCUAACCACUAUCCAGAUAAAACAAGUGCACAUCCAUUGAACAAGCUGAGCACUGAAGAAACAGUCCAAAAGCUUCUCAGUCUCAACGAUCCUUCUCAUGUAGAGUUUGAUCCCACCGUCUCCCAAUUCUGGGAUACCCCGUUGCUGCGGGCCAAGCUACCCGCCCCCCUCCAGAAGUACGUGCUUACGCCAUACAUCAACUGGGCGAAGGGCAUCGUGCGAUACCAGACCGACGUGGUCAUGGUAACACACCUUAUUCUUUACUUCACUACUAUUGUUCCAAGUGCUGCAUACCUGUAUUACCAAUUCUCUUACCUCCACGGUGCCUUGCACUGGCUUAUGCAAGGGUUUUACUGCGGCGCUUUCACGCUGAUGAAGCACCAGCACAUCCACAUGAAUGGAGUUCUGAAUUCUAAGUUAUAUCUGUUCGACACAGCUUUCCCAUACCUGCUGGACCCCAUGCACGGACAUACGUGGAACUCUUACUAUUACCAUCACAUCAAGCACCACCACGUUGAGGGCAACGGUGGGGGUGAUCUGAGUUCAACAAUGUACUACGACCGCGACAGCAUCCCCGACUUCCUGACCUAUGUGGGCCGAUUUAUCUUCUUCGUCUGGCUGGAACUCCCAAUGUACUUUUGGAGAAAGGGGCAGUUCAAGUAUGCAGUCAAAUGCGCUUUCUGGGAGAUCGGCAACUACGUUGCCAUUUACAUGCUCUACAGCUAUGUCAAUGCCCGUGCUACCACGUUUGUGUUCAUUCUUCCGCUCACCGUGAUGCGCUUGGGCUUAAUGGUCGGAAACUGGGGCCAGCAUGCUCUUGUGGAUCCGGCCGACCCUGACUCGGAUUACCUGUCCAGUAUCACACUGAUUGAUGUUCCGAGUAACCGAUUCUCUUUCAAUGAUGGCUACCACACUUCUCACCACCUAAACCCGCGCCGCCACUGGAGAGAUCACCCGGUCGCUUUCCUCAAGCAGAAGGACCAAUAUGCCAAGGAAAAUGCCCUGGUCUUCCGAAAUGUCGAUUACAUUUUCAUCACUGUGAAUCUACUCCGGAAGAACUAUGAACACCUGGCUAAAUGUAUGAUCCCUAUUGGUGAUCAAGUCAAAUGGACCAUGGAAGAGCGAGUGGCGAUGCUCCGUCGUCGGACGCGAAAGUUCCCGAAACCGUCUUCGAAAAUGAGUCUAUAA